AUGUCCCAGACGACAAAUGAAGUACCCAUUCUUCCACAAACAAGUGAAAAUACUUUGGAAAAUUCUCCCUUUGUCAAGAAAGGACAGAAAUUUGCAACCACAGUAUUUUUAGCUCACAGUCAUGGAUCUCUGUCUGCUGAAGGAACUCCUAAACAAAGGAUCAGCCAGAUUAUACCCACACAAAUCAUGGGCCAUGAACCCAGGAGAACGUCUUCCAGGUCUAUCAAGCGCAAGAAAUUUGACGAUGAAUUAGUAGAGAGCAGUCUAAUUAAAACAGAGAGAGGAAGGGUAGCAAAACUGCCAACCGUGACACAAGUGCUAGAGAAAAUAGAACCUGUUGAAAAAGAACAACCUCCUGUUCCUCCACCUGAAAAGAAAAAGGUUUCUAAGUCAGUCACAUCAUCAGCAAAAAGGGCGAAGAAACAAAAGCCUCCAGCACCUGCUUCAUCAAAGGAUCUGGGAAGAUGGAAGGCACAAGAUGAUCUCGCAUUAAUAACAGCUGUACAACAGACAAAUGAUUUGACAGCUGUGCAUUUAGGUGUGAAGUUCUCAUGUCGAUUUACUCUCAAAGAAAUUCAAGAAAGGUGGUAUGCUUUGCUGUAUGACCCUAUAAUCUCCAAGUUAGCAGUGCAGGCCAUGAACCAGAUCCACCCUGAUGUGAUUGCAGAAGUUCAGUCUAAAGCUCUCUAUAGUAAAGAGGAGGAAUCAUUAUUGGGAACAAUUGCAUCUUCAAGUCAACCAAGUCUGGAAACCUUCCAGGAUCUCUUGGAGCAAAAUCCAGACUCAUUUUAUCCUCUCCGCACGGCCAAGGCUCUACACAAUCACUGGCUACUGCUGAAACAGUAUCAUCUUCUACCAGACCAGUCAGUUCAGCCAAUUCCUCGUGGUGAUCAUGUCCUGAAUUUUUCUGAUGCCGAGGAAAUGAUGAAUGAUGACGAUCUCAAGGAUCCAAAAGAUGACAUCCUAGAGCAAGAAUUAUCUGUGGCUGACAGAAGAAACAAGAAUGAAAUUCGUCAUUUAGAACAAGAACUUCCAAAAUGGCAGGUAUUGGUGGACAGUGUUACAGGAAUCAGUCCACAAGACUUUGACAACCAGACAUUGGCUGUACUAAGGGGAAGACUUGUCCGCUACUUAAUGAGGUCAAAGGAGAUUACAUUAGGGAGAGCGACUAAGGACAAUCAGAUUGAUGUAGAUCUAUCACUGGAGGGUCCAGCGUGGAAAAUUUCCCGUCGUCAAGGAAUCAUCAAGCUCCGCAGUAACGGGGAUUUCUUCAUCGCAAACGAGGGAAAACGUCCAUUUUAUGUCGAUGGUAAAGCCAUAUUGGCUGGAAACAAACAGAAGCUAAACAAUAACUCAGUUGUAGAGAUUUCCUGCCUGCGAUUUAUUUUCCUGAUAAACCAAGACCUUAUCAAUGUGAUACGGACAGAAUCUCAAAAACUUGUACCAACCUGACUCACAAUAAUUUUCUCAAUUAUUUUGUAAAUUUUCUUGAUGGAAAAACACUAUAUAGAUUUACAGUUCAAUGAGUAAAAUUGCAUAGUGAAAAUGAUGACCUUUGAAUUUGAAAAGUAAAAUCAUUUGGUAAGAAUGGAUACACCAGAGUUUGACAGUUUGUGGUAUAGUUAUGUCUUAGGAGACUGUCAUUUAUGCCAAAGAUGAAACAGUCAAGAAGAAUUAAAAUUACUUGUACAUGUACUAUAUCAACAUGUGUAAGAAUUCAGUACAAUGUAUAUUUUAUCUCUGUGAGAUUAUGUGUAUGACUUGACAUUGGAUAUACAUGUAUAUGUAUGUGUUCUGUUGUAGUUUUCCCUUUUAAUGAAGGAAAUAAAUAUAUAUUGUCAAAGUACAA